AUGUCGAUAUCGCUUAUGGACAAGAAACUACAGCAGAUAAUGGAAAAGUUAUCACAUACAAUAGACUUUACGAGUCGCCUGCUAAAGUUUGCCAACGAAGCGGAAAUACUGGUUUUCAAGAAAUUGCUCGAAAACCGUCUCCAAGCGAUUUUCAACUACAACCCCGACGUCAGCAGCAUCAGUCAGCACGGCAUCGAAUUUGUGCCGAAUCUGCAGGCUGCACGCAUGUCGUUGGUGAACACGUUUGGCUAUGUGCGACAGAGCCAAGAGUUACCCAAUUUUGGCAAAAGUGUGCUCCCUCCCAUCUCACGCCCUUUAAUUCCCGGAAGCAUUUCCAAUGGAGGACAGCCAAAUGCUCAGAGCCCCGUUAAUCCCAUGAAUGCAAGUUUGUCUCUCUCUGUAACAAACCACUUAUUACCGUCGUUGACGACGGGUACUGACACAUUGUCGCAAAUAAACGCCGCCGCCAACGAGAACGCCGCAGCAUUAGUAAAUGUUUAUUGCCAGUCAGCCCAUGCGUACAGUGAUUCUAACUUGCUUCAGAGUAAACAGUAUGGCGAUUCGUCACAGAGCCUCGGGCCGUUUUCAACCCUUGGCACUGACUAUAACUAUGAGAAAUGGUCAAACGCCAGCACGGAGCUGUACAGCCAAAACGGCAGCGGCUUGACGCCGUCCGUGCAGAGCAUGAUGUCCGCUGAAAAUAUGUACGGGCCGAUGUCAAUACCGGCCGACCACAGCGGCAACUCGCCACAGGUGGUCGAGUUGAACGCGAAGCUGAUCAACAACCCGGUCAUGUUCUUUCCACCGAAGGCACAGAUCAAGCGCCACAAGAUGAUCUAUCAUUGUAAAUUCGGGGAGUUCGGGGUGAUGGAGGGACAGUUCACGGAACCGAGCGGCGUAGCGGUCAAUGCGCAGGGAGACAUAAUUGUGGCUGAUACGAACAACCAUCGCAUUCAGAUAUUCGACAAAGAGGGCCGGUUCAAGUUUCAGUUCGGAGAAUGUGGCAAGAGGGACGGUCAGUUGUUGUAUCCAAACAGGGUGGCUGUGAACCGAGUAACCGGCGACAUCGUCGUUACCGAACGCAGUCCAACGCACCAGAUCCAGGUGUACAACCAAUACGGUCAGUUCUUGCGUAAGUUCGGCGCAAACGUGCUACAGCACCCGCGCGGUGUGACCGUUGACUCGAAGGGACGCAUCGUGGUGGUCGAGUGCAAGGUGAUGCGCGUCAUCAUCCUGGACAUGUUCGGCAACGUGCUUCAGAAGUUCAGUUGCUCGAAGUACCUGGAGUUUCCGAACGGCGUCGUGACCAACGACAAGCAAGAAAUAUUCGUGUCCGACAAUCGCGCCCAUUGCGUCAAGGUAUUCAACUACGACGGCGUGUACAUGCGCCAGAUCGGCGGCGAGGGCCUCACGAACUACCCGAUCGGCGUCGGUAUCAACCACCUCGGCGAAAUCAUCAUUGCCGACAAUCACAACAACUUCAACCUCACAAUAUUCCAGCAAGACGGCACGCUGGUGAAUGCGCUCGAGUCGAAGGUGAAGCACGCGCAGUGCUUCGACGUCGCCCUGCUCGACGACGGCUCAAUCGUGCUGUCCAGCAAAGACUAUCGCCUUUACAUCUACCGCUAUGUCCAGGUCCCUCCGAUGUUCAUGUAG